UCGUGCCUCGUGUCUCGUGUCUCGUGUCUCGUGCCUCGUGUCUCGUGUCUCGUGUCUCGUGUCUCGUGUCUCGUGUGCCGUGUGAUGGUGUGGUCGGUGUGCGUCUUGUGCCUCUGCAAUUUCCUGAUUUUUAACUAUUGGUACUUAGUCCCCUGUGGGACUGAAAUCCAGGGCCCAAACAAGGAAAGAAGUAUCAGUUUGUGCAGCUUGGUCUUCUCAACGACUGUCAUCAAAUUGAGAAGCCUUCUCAAGUACAAGAGUGGCUUAGAUAAAGAUAUUGAGAUUGCUUCUACUUCUCGUGCUACUUCUACUUCUACAAUAAAUGCAACACUGCACCAUAAAUCGAAGAUUUAUGAACAUAGCAUUAAAUUUGAACAAAUUCUAAAAGAAUUAAAUGUCCUCAAUUUAAAACUGGAUGGUAUUUCUGAAUGUGUAAACGUAUUGAUAAAUAAUACAGCAAAUAAAACACAAACAUCGACGAGUAUAUCUUACGAAAUUCCUGAAGAAAUCCUAGAAUCACUUCCAGUCAAUGACCAAUCUUUAGUUCAAUUGGAGAAUUGGUUAAGUUGUGAAAAAAAUAAAACAAUCUUGUCUCAAAAUUUAAGUCGUAUCGGAGGAUUUAAUGUGAAAGAAAUUGUUAGAAGAAUAAUGUAUCGUGCUUUUACUAAUGAAGUUGACAUGUGUUAUUCCUGGGAAGGAGCUAAAAAGAAAAAAAUUUUUUUAAAUUUAGCUAUUGCAACUACUAUUUUGUCUGCUGUACGACUUAACAAAAAUGCUCAAAACUGUACAGACAUAGAAAUAAUAAAUUUUAUCAAAGCAUGGCUGGUUAGGAGCAAGGAUCGCUUUAAUAAUAAUAAAAAUAAAGAAAUAAUUAAUGAAGAAAUAGAAGCAGUCGAUGAAAAUUUGGAUGUACAAGCUACACAGCCUAAUGAAUAAUUCAAAAAGUGAAAUAAGAAAAUCUGCCGUACGACUUUACAUUUAGAGAACAAUAUUUAGAAAAGGCUUUCAAUGCUUCUUAGGCGACUCUGACCGAAACUCCGGGUAUGGUAAAAAUGGAGCCCGAUGAGCAGUUCGUACAACAGCGGGAUGUCAAACCAUAUUCUAUUAGAAUGGUAUCCAGUAACAAUCCUAGCAGCCUCGCGAUCGAAGAUAAUUCUAAGUUAAAGUCUAAACGGAACAUUGGCAACAAGCUAAAUACCAUCCUUCAAGGUUAUCAAAGACAACAAAGACAUUUGGAAGAGAAAUUCAAGCAAGCUUCGGACAUGAUGGCACGCGACAUGACGUUUCAAGUAACCUCAGAGAAGUACAAGAUAUCGAUCAGCACUAUUCGCUUCUACAUAGUCAGAAAGGGCAUUCUGCAGAGGAGAAAACGCGCGGCCGUGGCUCCAGUAAUCUCAGUAUGAACAGUCAACCGAGUAGCCCCAUCAGUCUACUGUAUCAGAUGAUGAAUUAUCGUUUGUCAGAGAGCCUAAAUUCCAGCCUACAGUAGUGCUGUACAAAAAAGCAGUGAGUUUUUUUUUAGAUUUCGGUUUUGAACCGGACAAAUUUUUUAUCGCCACAUCAUAGAGCUGUUCCAGACCGUCUUGUCGAUUUUUAUACUUUAGCUCCUUUACCAAGUAUUUUAUUUUCCUUUUUUUUCUAUUUUUAAUUUGCGUUUCAUUAUUCAUUCGUACUCGUAGAGGCGCGUUGACACGCUGGUUUAUAAGACUUUUAUGUUCACAUAAUUUGGAUCUCGAACAGCUCCGCUCAUGUAUAUACAAAGAAGAUACCAUAUAUAAAAGUUCGGACACACAUUAAGUUAAGAAACUUGCAGACGAUCGUGUCUUACACUAUGUUCAUGUUAGAUUUAGUGCCCUUAGAAAUACUGCUUGAAACCUAGUUUUUUUUUUAAGUACGAAGAUACUGGUUAUUAUAGAGUGUACUGGAGUACAAUUGUAUACUUACAUGUAUUAUAAUAACGCUAUGUAGAGCCAGUGGCAAGUGACGCAGAUGAUAUUCUCGAUGUAAUUCUCGGUUCGCCUCUUGUAUGAGAUUCGCGAAUAGUGAAAACGGAUUUGUUUGCCAGUAGAGUGAUUUUUUUAUAAAAUCAAAAGACGCAAAUCAUUACGGAACAUGAUUAUUUCUAUAAUGCAUUAUAUAAAUAAAUUGGAUAGAAUGGUAGAUGUGAAAUGAAUAACUUAGUGAUACAGAAUAGUCGCUUAUCGAAUAAGAGAGGAAGAAAGCGGGUUUGUUUUUUAAUCCUGUCUUUUAACAUAAGUUAUUUUCUGAGUUUAUUAUUCUUCUAAAACUAAAAGAUGCAAACAAAUUUGAAAAAAAUUUAGUUAUGUUCUUCGGAAAAUUUAGAGUUGAAAAAAAGAUAGGAACGUCUUUUUUAUACUUUCUCUCUAACACGUUAACUUUCUUUGAUUUCUUUGAUAUGUACUACAUCUUCUAAGAUCCUCGAUUUUUUAGGCUGUUUGGAAGGUAUUCUAUUUUUUCUUUUUUUUUUAUUCUUUUAAGCGUAUUUUUUUGGAUAAUAAAUUUUCGCAAAUUUACUGCAAAUUGUAAAUCGAGAAUAGAUUUAAUUUGUGAAAAAUAUUAAGUUUUUUUAUAUUUUAAACAAUUAUUAACUAUUUCCAUAUUUUGUGACACGAAAUGAAUAUACAGAUAUAUUGUAAACAUACCUAUAUGUUUUUAUGUGCAUAUGAUAAUUAUAAUAUUGAUGUUAAUUAUAAAAUUCUGAAUUUGUUUAUUGCAAUACGUACGUUUAAUUGGAUUUAAAGUUAUUAGAAGUUCUAUUUCCAUAUUUUGUAACACGAAACGAAUGUACAGAUAUAUUGUAAACAUACCUAUAUGUUUUUAUGUGCAUAUGAUAAUUAUAAUAUUGAUGUUAAUUAUAAAAUUCUGAAUUUGUUUAUUGCAAUACAUACGUUUAAUUUGAUUUAAAAUUUAGUAGAAAUUCUAUUUCUAUAUUGUGUGAAACGAAACGAACGUACAGAUAUAUUGUAAACAUAUCUAUGUUUUACAUAUUUCAAGUAUGUUAAAAUAAAAUAAAUUAAUUUCAAAUCUA